AUGGACGGUCACCACAGCCCUAGACCAACCUCUGGUCUCACGUCCUACAGUCUUCGAUCCAGCGCCCAUAGCAUUUCGAGCGAUCGACCAUCUACUUCCAACGUCCAUAACCUCACCACACCCCCGGCUGCGGUGUCUCCCGAGCCUGCAUUCAUUGCUGCUUCUGCCGCUGCCCAAAUAGUCACAAACGAUCACGACAGCCAUGCUGAUGCUUGGUAUGACCAAAAUGGUAUCGAACCCUCGGAUACGCCUGUCCAUGUUACCGAUGGCGCUCUGGAGCUAGUCAAUGGCUUCCUUGACCAGCUUCUCUUCAAUUUUCUACAAGUGUCAAGAUCCACGAACCUGGCCACGCUCCGCCCAGCCGUUACAGAGAUUCUCAAGCCCAAUCUCGCGAGGGAUACCAUCACAAAUGCCGACGAGGAGCUACGCGAGUACCUAGGUGGGGCUGAUGAGGACGACUACGUUCAACCACAGGGCUCCAAAUCUCGCGGAUGGGAUGUAGAGCUGGUCUGGAAGCGGACGCGACUUCGUUGUAUGGUCUACUCGUCUCUCGGUGAUAUGGAAGAGGAAGACGAAGACACGUACAUGAAGCAAGAAGAUCUCGAGGUCGGUGUUGACGAGCAGAUUUCCGACGUCAUAUCGCCCGCUGUCGCAAUCUUUAUGACUUCUGUGAUGGAGUAUAUGGGCGAGCUUACUCUAACGGUAGCGGGCCAAGCAGCCUACCAUCGAGUGCGCUCUGAUAUUGAAAAAGGCCUCAAGGAUGGCAGCAGGCAGCCCGGUGACAUGGCGGAUCAAAUCAUUGUCGGAGAGGCUGAUAUGGAACGUGUCGCUCUGGACCGAACCUUGGGUCGUCUCUGGCGUGGCUGGAAGAAACGACUUCGAAGCCCCAUUGGAGACACCGCCCCUAGGCCGUUCUCGCAUCUUUCAUCUGGGCACUCUCGGCAUGGCAGUGUGAGCCGCGGCCUAGUCUCUCCAAAGUCACCCAUGGAUACGGAAAGCGAGGUCACUAGAGCGCAAGAGUCCAUUGAGGAAACAAUUGUGGAAGAUGUUCUACCAGUUGACAUCCCGCUACCUGUGGGACCUCGUGAUGUCGAUGAAAUCGAAGUUCCUGGUCUUGUUAGCUAUAGCGACGAGGAAUCAGAGGCUGGAGACGAUACCUUCGUGCCCACCCGGCCCAAGAGCUUUUAUGACAACUUUCCUGGCCUGCUGGACUUGGCGGGAGCUAGACACGAAUGCAAUCAUGAAGAAGGUUCUGUCAAACCCCGUCAACGAUCUAUCUCUAUGCCACUUUCCCCCCCACUUCCCUUCUUCUCUACCAACGGACAACGCGGCGUGCUUGAGAACACACAGGAGCCCACCACGGAUGUGGAAACAUCACAGGGCAGUGAUGUUGAGCCAAAUGAAGACCUCGUCUCUGAGUUGAGCGAUGACGAGAAGCCCUUUUCAGAGCCGCCUAGAGGCUCCGUACCAACAGGAUUGGGUCUGACAACACCCAAAAGUCAGGUCAACAACAAGCCUGGUAAGGCUUCUGUCGCGGACGACCUGACCUGGGACUCUGACGGACCCGACGAGGUGGCAACUUUUGCAAAGGCUGAGGUCGUAACCUCGUCAAGAGUCUCCGUCGAUAGCAGCCCAUCCUCAUCUUCCGGCGAGUCAGCAAAGAAAGGCCACAAGCGGAGUACUUCAAGCAUGCACUCUGCUCGGAUCAUUGAUGUCCAAGCUCCGAAGAGUCCGAAGAGUCCGAAAAGCCCGACAUCAUACCCUCGCAAAGAAUCUCUGGAUACCACUCCUCGUUCUACAAGUUUGUCUAGUGUCGCUGUUCUGACUGGCACAGUAGCAGCAGCUGGCGUAGCUGGUGCUGCUCUGGCAGCGAAAUCAAGUCAUGACUUAGGUCCAGUCGAUAGGAGCACAUCAGAUCCACCCGUACCAGCGGUACCCCUACCGACUGUGCAAGGCCCGGUCCAGCAAACUCUCCGGAGUGCAGGCGCCAUUUCCGACUCGGAUGCGGAGUCUGACUAUCACACCGCCCACGGCAAAGACAGCAUCGAGAGCACUACUCCUAUACCCGCGCGCGGAAGUGUUAUGGGCCGAGGCAAAAGACACGCCAAGUUCCCAAUGAUGCUUGAUGUUGAGAAGGCUACCAGAGAUGCCCUCGGCUCUCGCGAACCUCUUUCACCUAGACUUGUCAACACAUCAUAUGAUGGCAAGCCGUCGCCCAAUCCAGCAAUGCUUGUUGAGGCCAGAUCGCCAGGCCACUCGCCCAGCCCUCGACAUUUACAUGGGUUCAGGGAUAGCAAGACACCGGGCUCUCUUGAGAGAGUUCGCACCGAAGAGGAAGACGAAGAGUGCUCUACGGCGCUUCACUCGGUCGGCCCCCCGCGAGCGAUUCACACCUCUGGUUCUUCUGGCUCCUCUAUCACGGGAAGAAUGAAGGUGGUACGGUCAUCUGAGGAGAAUUCUUCGACAGGCCGCUCUGGAAGUGUUGCGCGUAAUUUCGAGGAGCUCAUACAGAGCAAUCAAACCAUCACAUACACGCUCACGCCAGAAAGCAUGCGCCACGCUGACAAGGCUGCCCUUGAAAGCCCAGUAGUAACAAAAUUCCCCCGCAGAAGCGAAGACGCACGCUCGCCUAUCACUUCACAGCCAUCGCCAACGGUAAGCGUCUCUCCGUCUACGUUCCGUGGUCAAGCAAUCGACAACUCGACCAUCGUAGAGAGCAAGCCGUCUGGCCCAGUUCCUCGAGCCCCCGCAGGUAUUGCAGUGACUACUGGGAGGAUGGAUGGACCACAGGCAAGAGAUGCGCGGGUACCGAGCGAGACAACCUCCGACUUUGCUCAAUUUAUCAAGUCUACUGGGCCGUCUCCCGACAGCAAGCAACUGCCUGCGCUCAAAUCAAACGAAAAGUUGGGACUCUCUGGGCCGGUACCACGUGCACCCGACUCAGCGCGCCGGGCUUCGACCAUUAGCAACAAGAGUCGCUUCCAACCCCGUGAUGCCGCCACCCCCAACAAGAAUGAUACUCGGGAUCUGAUCGAUUUCAUCCGCCAAGGCCCGCCCAUUGCAGCAAGCAACCACCGCAUUCCACGCCAUGUUGCCCCCUUUCGAACAACUAUGGAUUCGGAUCAAUUGGCCGGGGUCCCUGGUGGCAAGGCCGUGGAUGCAAACCUGCCGGACCUUCGCUACAGCCAAGGUUCCACGAAUGUGACAGACAACUCCUUGCAAUCCUCGAUGAACUCGAACUCGGGGCUUCUCAAGGGAAGAGGUGGCAGCAGCAAGGUUGCCAACAUGUUUGGGGAGGAAGACAUGGCCAUGCCGCAGCGAAAGACUCGCCGCGUUCGCGAUCCUUAUGCCAUUGACUUGAGCGACGAGGAGGAGGAAGAGGAGGAGGACGUGAUGCCGAUGAUGACGGCACCACCUGCAAAGCCGAAGAGGGAAGAGAGUCUCGCAGAGUUUCUGCGCAACUACGACCCACCAGCAGAGCCAGCCGCCACGGUGCGCAAUGUGCCCAAGAAGAAGUCCAGUGCCCCUAGUUUGAUGGGUCGCUUCACGCGCGGCAAUGCCGCCAAGGACACGGCGUCGGUUAGGUCCGUCGACGCUCGUUCUAUCAGCAGCCGUGCCAGCAAUCGCGGCCACAUUCCCAUCCAGAUCACCAUGCCGCCUGGCUAUGACAAGUAUGGCGCCAUGGAGACGCAGUCGACGGGGCGUCCGCGCAUCUCGUCUGUGUCCCGCGGGGCGUCCGCUGGCCGCGUGCCCAUGAAGAAGUUUGAGCCGCGCGAGCCGGCCGGGAGCACGCACCGGAGCGAGACGUCGGACCUGGCCGCGUUCCUGCGCAGCUCGGGGCCUCCCGACACGCCGGCCGUGAAGCAGCCCCCCCUGCGCGCCGAAGAGCCCAGCAGUGGUGGUUUGGGCAGGAUGUUUGGUCGCCGCAAGAAGACGGCGGCGUAA